AUGCUAUCGAGCCCCACGAACAACGAUACGUGCGCGUAUGCACCAAGCUCGACGCCAAAAGCCGGCGCGCCUCCCGUCGCGAAGACGCCGGCCAUGGUGCCUCUCUCCAAGCUCUUCUCGUUCGCCGACACCACGGACAAGGUCCUCAUCGCGCUCGGUACCUUGAGUGCGAUGACCACGGGCGUUAUUCAGUGCAUCCAGGAUGUCUUCUUUGGUGAGGCCCUCAACGCCGUGGGCCCCAACCGCCUGAGCGACGAUACCGAAAACUUCCGUGCGGGCAUCCGCCGCAUCGUGAUCCAGUUUGCUGUCGUCGCUGCGAUUGCGCUUCUGUCCGGUCUCGCGCAGAUUGCGUGUUUUUCGAUUGCGGCGGCGCGCCAGACGAAGCGCCUUCGCCACGCCUACGCGUCGGCCAUCCUUCGCCAAGAAGUCGGCUGGUUCGACGUCAACGACCCAAUGCAACUCGCGACGCGGGUCGCCGAUACGACGCUCAUCAUCCAAGAAGGUCUUGGGCGCAAGGUCGCGGACGCCAUCAACUUUUCAACCAUGGGUCUUACGGGCGUCAUCGUCGCCUUGGUCUACGGCUGGGAGCUCGCGCUCGUCUUGCUGGCUGUCUCGCCGCUCGUCGCUGGCAGUGGCUACUGGAUGAUCAAGGCGAUCACGGCUGCCACGCAAGCCGGCGUCGACGCGUACGCCGAGGCAGGCGGCAUCGCGCAGGAAGCUUUGAGCAACAUCCGCACCGUGCACGUCUUCAACGCCAUGACGUCGUUUGCCCUCAAGUAUAAGGCGGCGCUCGCAAAGACGGAAGCUGCCGGUCUCAAGAAAGGCGUCGCCGUCGGCGUUGGCACAGGCGGCAUGUUCUUCGUUAUAUUUUGCACGUACGCGAUCGGUAUGUACUACGGCGCGGUCAAGGUCGCCGACGACCAGAUCACCGGGUCGUGCGUCGGCAGCGGUUGCUACGACAGCGGUCGCGUCCUCAUCAUCUUCUUCUGCAUCAUUAUGAGCUCGAUGGCGCUCGGCCAAGCCAGUCCCGCUAUCCAAGCCAUCUUUGCGGCCCGUGCAGCCGCCCACGGCGUCUAUGAACUCAUCGAGCGCGAGUCCAAGAUCGAUGCAACCGCAGCGUCGGGCAAGAUGCUGCCGUCUGUCCGCGGUGACAUCACAUUGAACAACAUCUCGUUUGCGUACCCGUCGCGGCCGGACGUCCGCGUCUGCGCCGGCUACUCGCUCGCGAUCCCGGCAGGCCAAAAGAUUGCGCUCGUCGGCGCGAGUGGCAGUGGCAAGAGCACAAUCGUCUCGCUCCUCGAGCGCUUCUACGACCCGCUCUCCGGCACGGUCUUGCUCGACGACCACGACGUCAAGGAUCUCAACCUCAAGUGGCUUCGGUCGCAGAUCGGUCUUGUCGGCCAAGAGCCGUGUCUCUUUCAGGACACGAUUGCCAACAACAUUCGCCACGGCAAGCCAGACGCGACGCUCGACGAGGUGAUUGCAGCCGCCAAGCAAGCCAACGCGUACGACUUUAUCAUGGGGUUUCCGGACGGCUUGGACACUGAAGUUGGUGAUCGCGGCGCGCAGCUCUCGGGCGGCCAGAAGCAACGCAUUGCGAUUGCGCGCGCGAUCAUCAAGAACCCGAGCAUUCUGAUCCUGGACGAAGCGACGUCCGCGCUCGAUACGGAGAGCGAGCACAUUGUGCAGGAGUCCUUGGACCGUCUCGUGGCAUCGGGCAACCGGACGACAAUCAUCAUUGCGCACCGCCUCUCGACGAUCCGGAACGCCGACCGCAUCGUCGUGCUUCAAGCAGGUCGAAUCGCGGAAGAUGGUGCACACGACGAGCUACUGGAACGUCCCGACGGCCUCUACAAGGCGCUUGUUGACGCGCAGAUGAAAACUUCCGAGACCACCGACGAUGCGUUCCCCGCCGCGUUGGGCCACAACCGGCUGCAGCACAAGCCGGCAUUGACUACCGAAGCCGACGUAACGGCAUCGUCGAUCGAGUCGGCGUCGGGCACGGAUGCGUCACUUCCGUCGGGCCCCGUGUCGAUCAUGCGCGUCUGGCGCUUGAGUCAGCCCGAGUUUUUGAAUCUUGCUUUGGGCAGCCUUGGUGCGCUCGUCAACGGCGCCGUGUUUCCGAUCUGGGGUGUGCUCUUGACCAAAUCGACCGUCCUUUUCUUUCGCGUCGAUCUCGGUGCCGAUGCCAUGCUGCACGAAGCGUCGAUUUGGUCGGGCGCGUAUGCGGCGCUGGGUGCCGUCUUCUUUGCGGCCGUUGUCGUCCAGAACCAUCAGUUUGCGAUUGCUUGCGAGCGUCUCACGUCGCGCAUCCGGGCCAUGUGCUUUGAUGCGAUGCUGCGCCAGGACAUUGGCUGGUUUGACGACGAGAAGCACUCGUCUGGCGCUCUCACAACGCGCCUCGCGACCGACUCGGCGGCCAUUCGCUCCAUGACGGCCGAGACGCUCAACGCGAUCCUUGUGACGCUCGCGUCGGUCGCCGUCACGAUAGUGAUUGCGUUUACGCAGAGCUGGCAAAUGACGCUCGUGAUCCUCGCGACCUUUCCCGUUUUUAUGGCCAACGGCUACAUCCAGUCGACCACGAUGAGCGGCGGCACCGGGAAGGACGUCAACGAUGGCGACACCAAGGCUGGCGCACUCCUCUCGGAAUCCAUCAACUCGAUCCGGACUGUCGCCUCGUUUGGCCUCGAAACGGCAACCAACGCCAAGUACCUCGCCUACCUCCAGCAGUCGUCGUUGACCGACCGCAAAGUGGGUCUCCACGCGGGUGUCGCGUACGGCAUUUCGCAAGCACUCAUGCUGCUCGUGCUCGCCUUCCUCUUCUGGUUUGGUGGCUGGCUCAUGCUGCGUGGCGACUUGACGUUCGAGCGAAUGUUUAUGGUACUUAACCCGAUGUUUCAAUGCUCCACCGCCGUCGGCAUGGCGAUCCAAUCGCUCGGCGACGUUGGCAAGGCCAAGAAGGCCGUUCAGAGCAUCUUUGGUAUCAUUGACCGGGUGCCAACCAUCAACUGCGCGGCAAACGAUGGCCUCGUGCUCGGUGACGUCAAGGGCGAGCUUGAGUUGCACCACGUGGCAUUUGCGUACCCGUCGCGCCCCGACGCGAUCAUUUACAAGGACUACAGCCUCACGGUGCGCGCCGGCCAGACGCUCGCGCUUGUCGGUGGCUCUGGAAGUGGCAAGAGCACGGCGAUUAGCCUCCUCGAGCGCUUUUACGACCCCGUAUCCGGCGCUGUCUUUCUCGAUGGCCACGACCUCCGGUCGAUCAACGUACAGUCGCUCCGUAGCCACAUCUCGAUCGUGUCGCAGGAGCCAGUGCUGUUCGCGGGCACGAUCGCUGACAACAUCGCCACGGGCAAGCCGGGUGCGACGAAAGCCGAGAUUGAAGAUGCCGCCAAGAAGGCCAACGCCCACGACUUUAUCCUGCGGUUCCCGAACGGGUACGACACGGCGGUCGGUGAUCGCGGCGCGCAAGUGUCGGGCGGCCAGAAGCAGCGCAUCGCGAUUGCGCGUGCCAUCAUCCGGGACCCGGCCGUGCUCUUGCUGGACGAAGCCACGUCGGCGCUCGACACGGAGAGCGAGCGCAUCGUGCAAGCGUCGUUGGACGCUCUCUUGCAGCAGAAGCGCCGUACGACCGUGAUCGUUGCCCAUCGUUUGUCGACAAUCCGCAACGCCGACAUGAUUGCAGUCGUCCACGACGGCGCCGUGUGCGAGCUUGGCACACACGACGAGCUCGUAGGCCUCCGUGACGGCAUGUAUGCCGCGCUGGUCGCGCGUCAGAUGACGCACUAG